UUUUCCUUGUUUGUAUAGCCCAUUGUAUUUAAUAGCUGAUUAUCAUUUAUUGAUAAGUGACGAUCACUGUCUUCAAAUAUUUUUGACUGGAUUUUUUUAACUGUGUAAUUUAGUGUAUUUCUAAAGUGACAAUACAGUGUUGAAAAAUUAAUUUAAAUUUUGUAUAGUUUAUUAAAGAAAUUCCUAUAAAUUAUGUCAAAUUAUAUGAGGUUUUUAAUAAAAUUUAUAGAAAUUUUAUUUAAGUGUUUAACUGAUUUUUAAAUUAAAAAAUGAUUGAAUUUAAUACUUUUGUUUUUUUAAUUGUAAUUUUUUUUCUAUUCUCUCUAAAGUGGUUAUUUCCCAAAACAAUCAGCUUGUAUUUGAAAUAUAAGUAUAAUUUAAAUGUAAAAAUUCGUGCAUCUGGUUUAUUUUCUCUUCAAGAUAUAAUUAUUAUUAAAAACGGAUAUUCAGUGCAAAUAGAUAAUAUUGGGUUCCGAAGUAGUUUUAUUAGUAGUGAAGUGAAUAAAUUAAUAUGCCUUGUGAUUCAAGAUGUAAGAAUAGAAAAAAAUUUUGAUUGGUAUGAUGUAUCCAAAACAACUUCUAAUAACAACAAAGUUAAUAAUGUUUUACCAAUUUUUAUGAAAUUAGCUCAAUUUUUAGCAAUUCGAAUUAGUUGUAUAUCAGCUGUAUGCCUACAGCCAAAUAGUCCUGAAUGGUUGUUUGUUAUAUCUGUCAUUGAUCUACAUUUAGAUGCAUCUAUAAUUGGAUCAUACAAACAGUUAUCAGUAAACUGUCAUGCUCCACAUGCUGAAGCAAAACUAUUUCAUCAUCCUAAAAAUGCAAAUUCUUAUUGUUUAGCUAAAGUUACUGUUAAUAUUUGUGCAGAAAGUAUAUUAUAUUUGCAUGGACCAUCUACAGUUGAAAUUUUAACAUUGAAACUUGAUAAAUCAAAAAUUAUUUUAAAUAAAGGAUUGUAUAAGUUUGUACAAAGUAAUUGUCAUUAUGCUGUAAAUUCUAAAUCUUUAAAAAACUAUGAUGAAGUUUUUACAAGUGUUCCAUCGUUUCUUCCAUCACUAGUACCCAAAAGGAUUAAAAUCCAAUUAGAAGAAUUGACAAUUGAUGUCAUUGAAAACUCAGUAAUUGAGAUGAAAGGAGAAUUUAAAUUAUUGGCUAUAGAUAGUUUAUUAAUUCAUGAUGACAAAGAUCUUUCCCUGAAACAAUGUAAUUUUUCUUUAAAAGCAACUUUUGAAAAUUUAUUUUUAACAGGACAGGAAGAAAUAUAUGUAUCAUUAAAAUCAUUUGUAUUUGAUGUUAAGUAUUUGAAAAAUGUAUUGAAACUCGAUAUCAGAGCAAAUGAUUUAUAUGCUUUAUAUUCUCAUGAUGAAUUUUUUUUGUGGUAUACAUUAUAUACAAAUCCUAUAUUGAAAUCAUACCAGUUAUUAUCUGUUGAUACUUCGAAAACAAAACAGAAAUUAACUACUUCAAAUAAUAUAUUAGAUGCUUUAGGUUUUGAUAUUUUUUUUCUAAUACAUAAUGUUACAACUACAUUUAGAUUAUCUAAUAAAUCUGUAUCAGUGAAUUUAAGCAAAUUUAAGUUAAUAUCAUCAUAUAAUCCAUUAGAUCAAAUAAAUCUAAGAGAAGUGUCUAGUUCAUAUUUUCAAAAAUGGAACUGUGAUUUACACAUAGAAACUUUACGAUGUUGUUUAAAACCAUUUUCAAAUACUAUGUUCAGUCCUGGAAUGAGAAAGUGUCAUUCAUGGGGGACACCUUUAUUCAUAGGAUUAUUAUUAUUACAGAUCAAAAAAAGUACCCCUUUAUAUAUUCAAAAAAUAAAUAUUUCAUUGGAUAUUGUUCGAUUAGAAUGGAGUCCACCUUUAGCUCUAUUUAUAUUGCAAGCUCAUUACAGUAUUCAACAAUUUGUUAGUACAACUUUAGAAGAAAAAAAAAGUAAUAUAAUGAAUGAAGAAUUUACUUUUUCAAGAAAAAAAAAAAAAAAAUUAUUUCAAACUUAUGGAUUUUAUAUUUCAGUAACUAAUACUAAUGUAUUUCUUAUAGCUGAUAAAAAGAUCUGUUUACUUAUAUGUAUUGACACAACUACUAUAGAUAUGGAAAAAUCAAAAUUAAUUUGUUUGAUUAAAGGUUUUAAAUGUGAUUCAUUGAUACCUACCAAGCAUCAUUAUGUUUGUACAUCAUCAAAUGAUAUAAAAGGCUGGUGGUUAUAUGCUAAGUCUUUAAACAUGAAAACAUUGAAUGCAAAUACUAAAGAUAUUACAGUAGAAAUUAUUGAAAACUUUGAAUUUCGUUGGAGCACGAACAUUCACUUAAAAUUGUUAACUAUUUACUCUGAUUUUAAUGAUUUUAUCAAUAAUAUCAAUACCAAAAAAACGAAUUCAGAGAAAACAACAUCUGACCCAUUGUUUGAUCAAAUAUUACUAAACAUUAAAUCAAAGUUUAAAUUUUAUAUGAAAGUUUCCACUGGUCAUUAUUUAUUAUUUUCUACAGAUGAUUUGAUUUAUCAUAAGCAAAGAAAUAUAAUGUUGUUACAAUUAGAAAGUAAGAUUUUUAAAGUAUCAAUUGAUCAGUAUAAUAUAUUUACUAUUAAAGGAUUUAAAAUAUUAAAAAAAGAAUUUGAUAAAGAUGUUCAAGCAGAAAGGCAGAACUCUGAAGAUCUAAUUACUGAAAGGAAUGCUGUUUGGGAUGUAACAAUAGAAAAUUUAAAAAUGGUUUUCCCAUAUGGUUUUGAAUUCAAUACAAUUUUUCAAGGAGAAUUCUUCAGUGUUAUUAAGUGGUUAAAAUUGAUUCAUAGAAAACCAAAACCAAAUCCAGAACCUUUGCCGAGUGAUAUUUUAUUAAAAAUUCAAGAAUUUCUUUUUGAGUUAUGUGAUGAUGAUUUCGAAAUAAAAUUAAGAGAUAAUUAUGAAUUACUUGAAGACGAAUAUAAAGAAAGUUUAAAAAGACAAAAAAUGCUUGAAACUAAAGUCUUGGAAGUUGUAAAAGAUCGUUUACUUUUACCAGCUGGAAAGGUUGAAGAAUUAUUAAGUAGUUUGCAGAAAAUGAAUGCUCAAAUAUAUAUCCAACGAUCAAAACAAAUGAAGCAACAAGUUCGCACCCGAUUAUUUUCAUGGACUUUAAGUAAUCUCUGUGUUAUUGUACUAGCUGAUCACUCCAUGCAUGGAGCACAAAAUGUCGUUAAUCAUAUUAGUGAAAUGGAUUCUGAUAGCCUUUGGCCUGAAGAUGGUUUGGAAUUUUGUAUAUUAUGGUGUCGUAUGAUUUUUGCAAGUUGUGUAGAGUGGAAAUUUCACCUUAGAGAUUUUCCCCAGACUUGGUUUGAUAUCAGAAAGUUACAACUUUGGGGGAAGUUGGCUGGUGCAGAGCAAGAACCAACUAGACGAGCCAAAAGAAGUGUAGUAAUUGAACUUGGUGAUCCGUAUGGUAAUGUUACUAUUGAAAGAGGAAUGACUUCAUUAAAAUAUUAUUAUGAUUUAAAUUGUGAAAUAGAUAAGUGUUUAUAUUCAUUUGGACCUUGUUGGGAACCUGUGAUAGCACAAUGCAAAUUAUGUUUGGAAAAAGUUUUAAGUUCCAGUCGAGAUCCAAGUCCACCUUUACCUUUUUGGGAUAAAAUUCGUUUUUUACAUCAUGGUCGUUUGACUAUGAUUGUUCAUGAAUUCAAAGUUAAAUUACAUGCUUCUCUUGAUCCAUAUAAUACUACUGAGGAAAUGGAACUUAAUUGGUAUGAUACAGCAAUGGAUUGGACUAAUGCAAAAUUCAUGUUUAGAGGUCAUUUAAAAGUACUAGUACGGACAGCUUCUAAAUAUGAUGAUGUUUGCUUAUUGAAUCUUCCCUAUUUGAAACUAGGAGUUAAAUUAAAGUGGUCAUGUUUAGGUGAUCCUAAUGACCAUUAUUCAGUUAUGCCAUGCGCUCCUGAUAAGUUGCCAGAGUAUUCUAGUAAUCAAGAACAUGAUUCAUACAGAGCAUUUCGUUCUCAAAACUUAAAUGUUAGUCUCUCUAUUGAAACAAAACCAGAAUUGAAUUCGCCUUUAACAGACUCAGAUUACCCUGUUGCUUUGUUUUAUGGUAGUACACUGAAGUGGUUUGAAAACUUGAAACUUAUCUUGUCUGGUGUUACAAGGCCUACGAGACGGGGUCCAUUAUUUAACAACAGUAGACUUCGUAAACUAACAUUGAGCCGACAUUAUCGAAAAAUUAAUUUGUGUGUAUCACUACAAAAUUUUCAAGUUACUUAUUGGAUGUCAUUUGCUUUACAACGGGGUUUUGAAUUGUUUGGUCAUCGUAUAUCCACUAGUUCUGAGCAUACGUUGAAUUUGGUAUCAAAUUUUGAAGAUGACUUGCAACAUCGUUCUCGACCAGUGUGGUCUGUAGGUUAUAUGAACUGUGAAUUGAUGGACACUGAAGUAUGGCUUAAGAGUGCUCUCCAGCCUGAUAAAGAAGACGAAAAAGCUACAGCAAAAGAGAAACCUGUGGAGAAAUGUUAUUUAUUGAGUGUUAGCAAAGUUUCAUAUGGCAGAGAAACUACAGGAACUUGUGAAGUAGAUGGAUCGCCUACUCCAAUUCAUAGACUAGUUGUUUAUCAUUUGAAAGGAGCUUGGACUACAAGGAAUAGAGAUGUGGCUUUUGCAUUAUUUAAUUCUUUAGUAAAAAACCAGAAAUUAAAAAAAAAUUUGUCAACUGAAGCAUUAAAAGGAUUUUGUUUAAAUGAUAAUGGAUGUUCUACGAUGAAAAAUCGCACUAAAAGUGCUGACACUAUAGAACAAACAACACCAAAGCCUUCAGUUGCAUCUUCUACUUGUCAAGCUAGUCCAUCACCAAUGUCCAAACUUCAAUGUGGUGGUCCAGCAGCCAAUAUGUUGCAGCAACUCAUUUUGGAAGUAGAUAAUAAACCUGUGGUUUUUAGUGACGAUCUUUCUAUGCAAGUUACCAGAGAAAGAAGAUUACAAGGCUUAUCCGAAUGUCAUCAAGAUGAUGUACUUUAUAAAAAUUGGUUAAUCGCAUUAAUAAACAGUCAAGUUUUAUUAAAAGGUUGUGAAACUAAAGGAUACGUAAUUGUAAGUGCAGCAAAAGCUGAAAUAUUACAACGUAUUCAUCGCCCAGUGUGGAAAGAUCAAUCAUUAGUUUCUAAAACCACGUGGAUAGGAACCUUAGAUAGUAUGCAAUAUUAUGCUACAGUUAGUGCGGGAAAAACUGAUUUCCUUGAUGAACAUAUUAUGUGGUUAAAUGUGGAAAAUAUACAACAAAAAGAUAUUGAUAGCACUGUAAUAUCAGAUCUACCAGAUUUGCCUCACCUUGUUGGAAGUGGGCAUAGUGUUGGAGGUGUUGUUAGUGAAACAGUUGGUGCUAGUAAUGUUGGAGAAAAUUCACCUCUGCAGCUUCAAAGGAUUGUGUCACGAUGUAAAUGCGAGUUCUUUUAUGCGGGUCACGGAGAAAGUAGUUUAAAUCCAUCACAUUUAAUUGAAGUUCCUCUCCCACCAACCACUACUCUUGAUGUUGUUGGAGAUCCCGAUUCGCAUGAACCUGUUGACGCGUUUACUCUAAUGCAUCAUGAUCUAGACGUUUGCACUAAUUCACUUCAAUAUGCAAUGAUUUUGGAUAUUGUCAAUAAUCUAUUACUAUACGUAGAACCCCACCGAAAAGAAGCUUAUGAACGUUUACAGAGGAUGCGUUUCCAAUUACAAUUACAAAGUAGUCAAGAUCAUAGACAACCUAUUCAACAACUUCAAAAUCAUGUUCGCUGUUUAGUGGCAAAAUUGAGACGACUGGAGAAAGAAAUUUUUCUUCUAAAAAAAGAAGAGGAUUGGCAAAAUGAUGAGUUUUUAUCAAAUGAAAUUAAAAAUUUAGAAAACCAAAUAAAUGAAUUAAAAGAUCAGUUGAAUUCAGAAAGUGAAGAACUGGAUAUGAUGGUAUCUUGUUAUAAAGAGACUCAGCUUCGAGCAACACAAAAAUUAGCCACUUUAAGAGGCGACAAACCGAGUGUAGUGCCUUCAAGAGCAAAUGAAAUAUGUUUUAAACAUGCACAAUGGCGUUUGACUGAAAAUGAUGGACAGUUGGGUAUAGCAGAUUUAGUUCUAAGCAAUUUUCUGAGCUUUUGACAGAUUGUCACCAUGCAGACUUCUGAAAUAUAUUUCUUAUGAAGAAUAAGUUGAAUCUGAGUUGGUGUAAAGAAUUGUGAUAAAAUAUCACUACAGUGAUUUUCAAAACAAUGAUCUUCCAAAUUAAUGAAAUUAUUGUAACAUUUAAGUUUAUUUAUUACAGCAGUAUAAUUUGUUUUUAAAACGUUAUUUUCAUCCAAAAUUUUUAAAUAUUUGUUUUCAUAAUCCUCACACUUGUUUUGUAAUCUAAUUAUUUAAAAUAUAAAAAUUUAGUAUAAUUAUACUAUUAAUUGAGUAGAAUAUAAAUAAACAGUGCCGGAUAAACCGUCGGUACAAUGCACCACUUGUACCGGGGCCCAGACUCUUUGAAAAUGUAUAUUUUGUUUUUUCAAAUGGUGUAUUGAAUUUUACUUUGAAAGUUUAUUUAAUUUAUUCCCAAUGAUAGUGAAUGGUAAUUGUAAAUGUUUGAUUGAUAUUCGAUUGUUUAGUAUUUAUCUUUCUAGUAUAUCAAUUUUAAGUAUAGAAAAGGAAAGAACUAAAACUCUAAAUAUUGAAAUAAUAAUUAACAAUUUUGCCAAUGCAAAGUCAAGGAAAAAAUUUUUCUUAAAAUAGAACAUCUAAACAUUUUACUUUUUACUAUUAUAUUGAAGGCUUUCUUUAUUCUGUAGAUAAUAAUAUACUAUUAAUUUUAUUAUACUUUGUACUCUAUAAUUUUGUAACUAUAGAGUUAUCAUAGUUGUAUACUUGUGACUUUUUUCAUAACAUUUUUAAAUUAGAGGCCCCUAAAUUUUUUAGAGUUCAACAUCCGGCACUGUAAAUAUACUAUAAAUGUGUGUAUUACUCUUGGAAUAAUAUAUUAUUUUCUAUUUCACUCUUUAAACUCUCUUCGAGAGGUUUAACUUCAAGGUCUUUAAAAAGGUUAAAUUUGUAUUUUUCUGUACACUUAACAACAAGAUCACAUGAUUUUUCUCUAAAAAGUCAA